GGUGUAUGUGGUGGGAUAUAUUAUAAAUGUAUUAUUGUAUCAUGUUGUAGUAUGUGUCGAUCGACAACGUCCUGCAGCCAGAUGUGACGUAGCGGCAUGCUUUCUAUUCUUCGCAGUCUUUCGGAGUGACUCAACGUCCUUAAAGACGUCCGCUACACCGAGUCAUACUUGCCAACCUUGAGACCUCAGAAUUCGGGACAUAUUCUAGCGGUCGACGGGCGGGGGGUGCUGGCGGGUUUUUUUGCAGCGCCAGUCUCAUCUUUUUUGACUUCAAGGUGUAACCUUUAUUAUUGCUCGGUGUGAAAUGGCGCGCCCAGUGACGGAGGGUGUAGCAAUAUUGUUGUCCGGGUGGAAAUCGGGAGAAAUUCGGGAGAAAGGUCGGUCCGGGAGAUUUUCGGGAGGGGCUUUGAAAUUCGGGAGUCUCCCGGAAAAAUCGGGAGGGUUGACAUGUAUGCACAGAAUGACGUGUUGUAAAACCUCCAGCAUGCAGCGCUUCUUCCAGGUGGCGCAGAGGGUGGUGCAGAAGAGCUUCUGCACAGCCUGCCAGCUGUUCUGCUGCCCCGUGGACGCCCUGCGGAGUGAGAAGGUCGCAUGGUGUCAUCAACCUGCAGGUGCUGCAGCCACACAGGUGGCCCUACGGAAUUUGGCGUCUACCAUCCUGAUUGUGAACAUCAGCAACUCCACCUUGAUCGACUGUGUCAUUGGCAGCGACAACUACCCAUGCGCUGUGGCUGAAGGUCGGCCUCUAAUGCCGGAUUCUCAGCUCCAAAUGCAAGGGAGGUGCAGCUGUAGCUGUGGACAGCAGGGGGCAGCACAGAGUCCUCCUCCUCCUCCUACUUCCCUCAGCAUCAACAUCCACAGCUCCCGUCUCAACUGUGUCAUCAUCGGAGACAAUAACUACAUGCAAGCUGAGCAGACGCACUUGACGGAGACCGAGGAGCCGAUAGUGUGAAGCUUUGGCCCCACAGAGAACCGCGCGCGCACACACACACACACACUCGAACAACACUGUCAAAAAAACCUUGCAAACCAUUGUCUACAGACUCGAUAUUCUGGCUCUGCUACUCCUGUAAAAAAAAAAUAUAUAUAUUUUUGGAGCUAUAUACAACAAUUAUUUGACCUAAUAUAAUUUAAUAAUCUGAAUAUUGUUUUCUUGGUGCUAGAUUCAUUGUUUGGUCCUCAAAAAUCCUGAUUAUAGUGGAAAUAUUCAAACUGCAUGUUUGAUGUGAUCAACCACACAACAAAAAACAUAGUAAGCAGUUGAAAGUUAUGGACAAAAAGCCGAAAAAAAACAAUAUUCCCAUUGUUUAAUGCGUGACAUCAUCUUGACUGACACCCCCGUUAGGGGCCUUGAACUUAAAACUUAGCCGUGGCAGUGGUGAGUAGCUACUGACUUAAAUCAUCACAGCUCCCUGAGGCUGUAUGAGCUUCAGCGUGAACAAGUAAACAACAGCUUCACUCACAUUGUCCUGAAAUAAUUCUCUUCCAUUGAGGAGUCUCCUGUUUCACUGCGGGUCUUCUGCUCCUCUGCCAGAUGUGGGGACAAAAGUCCCCACUCUAUGAACCCCAUGAUAUGCUGUCUGAUGUAGGAAGGACAGCUGUGUGUAGAAUCAGUUCAUUUUAUAUUGUCUGACAUGUAAUGAUACAGUCUAGACAUGUGUUUAAAUGUAUGGCCCAUGGUCAAUAACAGUUGACUACUUUGUAGUGUUUUUGGAAGUCAUUCUUGCA